ACCAAUUUUCUGCGAAAGCUACGCGAUCGGACUAACCAGACUAGCGCCAUGAAAAUCAAACUUUCGGGUGAGUAUACGCUGGCCGAGAUCGAAGUCGAUUUGGACCAGCAGUUGACCCCGAACGAACUGCAACCCGGAGCCACAGUGCUGGCCACCAACGAGAGUACUGGCGGCUUAGAGCGGAUUGUCAGCCAUGAGGAGCUGUCCAGGUUCUUCGCCGUGGGUCCACCGGUCGCCUUACCAAUGCCCACGGAUGUGGUAGUGGAGCGCACACUGGCGGAUCCGGCUUUCAAGCAAAUCCUGCAGGAGGCCGACGGCAAGAAAGGCUUCGAUCCCGAGGCGGAGCAAAUGAAGAUUCGCGACUUUUUGGCCGGCGUCACCAGCAGCAAGAUGACCACUGAGCAAUCGGUCUUUCAUGGAUCUCGUUCCAAUACCUCUGCGCCCACUGUCAACCGUAUAAAGUGUCCGACAUGUUUGGUCCAGUUCGAUGCUGUGGCCUUUCAAAAUCAUGCCUGUGAAGCGAAGCCGGCCGAGUUGAUGGUGCCUCAGCAGGAGAAGCCACAUCUUGUGCCUACUGUAUCUGCUCCUCCGGCUCCGAUAAGCAAACCGGCUUGCGAGCGGGUAAUCAGGGAGAACCAAGUGCGUUUGCGACGUUACUUCAAAGAUGAGAUGAAGUACGAUCUGGCCACAGGCAUCGAAAGCUCGCGCAUCCAAAAAAACACAUCCAAGGGUCCCAACGAGUGCACCAUGUGCGACCGCAAGUUUGUCCACGCCUCUGGGCUGGUGCGCCACAUGGAGAAGCACGCCCUGGACUUGAUCCCUUCGCAGACCAGCGAGCAACCACAUACGAUACCGGCUGCCGGACUGCAUGUGGUGGUUAAGUGCAACCCUUGUGGCCGAAUCUUCUAUGAUCCGCAGGUGGCCUUUAGACACGGCUUUAUUCACGAUUCGGAGCAUUCAACGAUGCGUCAAGGUCGAAUGCCCCAAGUACCCUCCAGUAGAGCAGAUUUCAAUGAGCUGCUGCUGGAUGGCGAGUCGCUGAUAGACAACGAUGCCUCUUUUGCAGCGAGCAAUCCAAACACCAACCCACCGGAGAAGGAAAUGUUCACCAGCCUGAUCCUGGGAAGCGUUUUGCAGUGCGAGUUCUGCGAGUACAUGUUCGCUGACAUAGCCGAGCUGCUAGUCCAUUCCGCUGCUCAUGUGGCGGAGCGGCGCUUUGAGUGCACCGCCUGCGACAUUCAGAUGAGCACGGCGAAGGAAGCCAGCAUCCACUUCCAGACGGACUGCAUCUUCAUGCGCGAGGCAGUCAGGUCGCUAAAUGUCACGAUCAGUCGCUACUUUGUGUGCAAUGUGUGCGAGCUGAAGUUCGCCAACACGGACCUGCUCCAGGAGCAUCGGUGUACCUCCUUUCACUACUUUCCUCGCCUCAGCGAGAAUGGCAAGAAGCUGGUGCUGCCGUGUGAGUUUUGCGACGUCAACUUUGAGUUCGCCCACGAGUUUCUGGCGCACAACGAGGAGAAGCAUCUCAACAAAAAGAAGCGAGAGAAGGAAGCGCGCAACACGGGCGCCGGCCGAAUACGUCAGUAUCUCUGCGAUAUCUGCGGCAAAUCGUACACCCAGUCAAGCCAUCUGUGGCAGCAUCUACGCUUUCACCAGGGUGUGAAGCCCUUCGUUUGCCAGGAGGAAAACUGCGAUCGGAAGUUCACCAUUCGCCCAGAUCUGAACGACCACAUUCGCAAGUGCCACACGGGCGAACGUCCAUAUCUUUGUCUGGUGUGUGGAAAGCGCUUUCUCACCGGAUCCGUCUUCUAUCAGCACCGUCUGAUCCAUCGCGGCGAGCGGCGCUAUGAGUGCGAUGAGUGUGGUAAACGUUUCUAUCGCGCGGACGCGCUCAAGAACCAUCAACGCAUCCACACCGGAGAGAAGCCGUACAGCUGCCUCUUCUGCACGAAGACCUUUCGCCAGCGCGGCGACCGUGACAAGCACAUCCGAGCUCGACACUCUCACCUGGAUGCCAACUCGCGUCUCAUGAUGCAGAUGCAGAAAUUCCAACUGGAGACGGCGGCUGCGCAGAAGGCUCAGGGUCAUAAUCCCGAGCAGCAGGAUAACGAUGGUGGUGCCAGCACCUUAGACGUGCCCUCGGGCUCUGGAUUCGUGUCGACUGAGCCAGGCGUCGCGGAGAUACAGUACUCCAUUGCGCCGGAGCAGCAGGACGAAAUGGUGUGUGUGCCCAUUGACCAGGUCAACAACAGUUUCUUUAUGUCGCACUACAUGCAAGCUGUUCCUAUGGAGGAGGAUGGUUCGGGGCAGCAUAUAAUUGUCUUCGAGCAGCCAGGCCAGGAUAUGGAUAUGAUGUCCAUUUACGAUCAGCAACAGGUUGGGGAACCAAUGCAUGAGGGCGGCGUGCCCCAGCGGGCGCCUGAGGAAAACGCUAGGGUGGUGGUUGUCAAGAACAAUCCAACUAAGCCGAUCUUUUCGGAUACCUAUAUGUAAAAAUCGUCUUCAAAUUCGAAUUUAAAUAAAGCGGCAAGAUUGCUAAGCUGCCACACUGUUCACUUAGCGAGUGGGCCUAAAAAACAGC